AUUCAACGUAAUGCAAGCAUUCGCAAAGAUGAAUUCGUAAUCAUGCAAUUUCAUUUUGACGACGUUUACUUCGGAAUGAGGGCAUUCAUCUUGUCUUGCAUGUGGGAAGUUUUGGAAGCAGCCAUCUUGUAGAUGACAUUUCUCUUUAAAACUGAUUCAUCAAAAAAAAAAAAAAAUUAAAAACAGAUUAAAACAGAUUAAAAACAAUUUUGUUUGAAGAACAAUAGCAAGAAGGACUUUUGUACUCCAAGUUGGAAAGCAAACGGUGUAAAAUAAUGACUUUGGUAUUGGCAAAUCGCUUCAUGACAGCAUCAUUCUUGUCAUAAUAAUAACAAGCUAAUAUUCAUAAUCAUUUUCGUUAGCCAAGCUAGCUUGAACUUUUUAUUUUAUUUUAUUUCUUUUUUUUUUUAUAUGAAGUGUUUGUCUAUAAACAAACGAUGCACGAAUUCCAAAGCAGAAAUUGUCAGCGUAUUGACAGCUUGUAGGGUUUUAGUUUCCAUUGCCUUUGAAUUUUAAGGAAAUACCUGAUAUCUGGAUUUUGUUUUUUGGUGAAUUUUUCCAGGUUUCUUGAUGGUCUUUAAGAUUAUGUCAAGUUUAUGCAACCGCAAAAACAAGAAGCAGGUUUUGGACGAACGAAAAGUUAAAGGAAAAAAAAAAAAUAAGACAGGAAAAGAAUUGGCUUUUUUUCCAAGGGAUUCUUCAAACUUCCCAUCUCACAUGUUCCUAGAAAACCAAGCGAUCCAUUCCUCUUCAAGAAAGUGCUGUUUUGCUGGAAGUAUCAUGGGCGGUACCUUGUACAUGAUUUGGAAUGAUUGUAUUCAUCAUGAGGAUUUUUCUUUUCCUGGAUUUUCUAUGCUACAAGCAUUUGUAAACAGACAUGAUCGAAAAUCCAUUUUCAAAAAUUGACUCUUUUUAUUUUUUGUUUUUUUUUUCUCAUCUCAUCAUUUAGAAAUCGGGGUUUUUCUCUUUCUUACUUACCAAAUUUAUUUCUAUUUAGUUAUACUUUUGUCGCAGGAUUUCCACUUAUUCCCCAUUUCGUUUGUUUACUAAGGUUAGCCAAAGAGACUCUGGGGUGGCCUCUUGAGGCGAACCUGCCAAGAGCCAAAUUUUCCAGAACGCAUCAUGCUUCGUCGUGCAGCAAGAGAAAGACGUCAAUUUAUUUAUAAAAGAAAUAAAGAUCUUCAAGAGGCAAAGUUGAAUGAAAAAAGACGUGCAUUGAGACACGCUAUAGAUAACAACAAGGAACUCAAUAAAGAUCUUCAAGAAGACACACAAUUGCAGAAAGAUUACAAAUAUGAUGAAAGCAAAGCAGCCCAGGAAGAUGAAUUAGGAAUAGAUGACGAGUAUUACAGCUUAGGUGAACGUGAACCAAGAGUUUUGGUCACAACGAGUCGUGACCCAUCGUCUCGCCUGGCUCAAUUUGCCAAGGAAAUGCGCCUGCUGAUCCCGAAUUCAUUCCGCUUAAAUCGUGGUAAUAUUGUUGUGGGAAGUUUAGUCGAAGCGGCUCGUGCCAACGACAUCACCGAUAUCGUCCUUUUGCAUGAACAUCGAGGUAUACCAGACAGCAUGGUUAUCUCCCAUCUUCCUUAUGGCCCUACCGUAUCCUUCUCGCUUCAUAACGUUGUUCUUCGUCACGAUAUCCCUAACACGGGUACUAUGUCUGAAGCUUAUCCUCAUUUAAUCCUUGACAACCUUACCUCGAAGCUGGGCCAACGUGUCAAGAAGGUUUUGUCCUCUCUAUUUCCUCCGGAUCCAAAGGAAUCUUCACCGAGAGUUGUAACCUUUGCCAAUUCUGACGACUUUAUUAGUUUCCGCCAUCACUUGUACGCAAAGACGGGUCCUAAACAGGUCAUUCUUUCAGAGGCAGGUCCCCGUUUUGAAAUGCGGCUGUACGAGAUUCGAUUGGGUACUUUGGACAUGCUAGACGCUGAUGUUGAAUGGAGACUCAAGCCUUAUCAACGCCAUAAGCGUCAAGUUUUAGCUGAGUAAAAGGAUCCAUGCAUAUACCUUCAUCAUGAGACGGUUGAGUAAAAUUUUUGGUUUUAUUGGGUAUUUUGGGGUUUAUUGAUAUCAAUGUCAUUGAAUUUAAUUAUAAUCGUUAUAUAUACUAUACAUAUAGAAAAAUCGUGUAGUUGGAAACAUUUGUAGGUGUUUUGCCGUAUUUAUCAGAGAAUUAGAUAGAUUCCAUAAAUCGUCUCUCUCCUC